CGAGGCCCGGCGUGAAGCGUGUGGAAUCUGCUGUGGGGAGAAGGGCGCGAUGGUUUCUUGGGCAGUUGCUAUCAUGGCAGCCACUGCCCCCGGUGCCGGGGCCUCCGCGCCGGACGCGGCAGGUUCGGCGGAAGCCCCGCUGCAGUAUAGUCUUCUUUUGCAACACUUGGUGGGUGACAAGCGUCAGCCCCGGCUCCUGGAGCCUGGGAUCCUGGGUGGGAUCCCGAGCCCAGCCAAGAGUGAGGAGCAGAAGAUGAUCGAGAGGGCAAUGGAGAGCUGCGCCUUCAAGGCAGCGCUGGCUUGCGUGGGAGGAUUUGUCUUGGGAGGUGCAUUUGGAGUGUUCACUGCUGGCAUUGAUACCAAUGUGGGCUUUGACCCUAAGGAUCCUUACCGUACACCAACAGCAAAGGAAGUUCUGAAAGACAUGGGGCAGAGAGGAAUGUCCUAUGCCAAAAAUUUUGCCAUUGUGGGUGCCAUGUUUUCUUGCACCGAGUGUUUAGUAGAAUCUUACCGGGGAAAAUCAGACUGGAAGAACAGUGUCAUUAGUGGCUGCAUCACUGGAGGAGCCAUUGGUUUCAGAGCUGGCUUAAAGGCUGGGGCCAUUGGUUGUGGAGGAUUUGCUGCUUUCUCUGCUGCAAUCGAUUAUUACCUACGGUGAAAGUAAUUACCUUUGGGAAGGACUCUGCCAGCUCUGCAUCAGCGUCUGGAGGAGGCUAGUUUGUGCAAUGCUCUAGGGCCCUGCCUCGGAGACUGAAGACGCUUGUAUCCCUCAAGAAGUUGGCGUCUUGAGGGAGCUGCCUGGCCGUUUUCUGCCUCUAACAUCUGAGCCGCCACUCUCUCUGCUCCCCCUGGACUCGAGCCAGGCUGUGCGGGGCAUGUGCCAUGCUGGAUUCUCUCCUUCAGGGAGAUCAGGAGAUGGUAUUUUAUUUGUAGGAAUUAAGCUCCACCAAGGUUUGUUCCUGAUCACAACUGGCCAGUAGGUUGGUUGGUUGGUGCUGUGGGAACAGAAGUGACUUUACUAAACUGUUCUACCUUAGAACUCAUGUAGUCACGUAUAAGGGCAGGGCAAAGUAAAUUUAUGCCAUCCAACCACUUAUGUCAUUUUGUUUGAUGUUCUGCUAUUCUUGAUCUGUGUGUAUGUGUGUAUAUGUAUACAUACAGAUAGAGGAGAUAGAUAGAUAGAUAGAUUUAGAUAUAUAUAUUUGUAGUUUAAAAGGUUGUUUUAUUUUUAUCUUUAAAUUCUCUAAUUCCCCAGAAUGGUGGCCCAAAUAUUGAACAUUCAAAGAAAAAGUAUGAGAAAGCUGUUGAGAAGGUGGGGAUUGUGACUGUGAUCGUUACAUUGGCCAGGACCUCAAAGAAGCUCAGCCUCGUCAUGUUUUAGGAAGCAUGUGUAAGGGAUCAUCUGAAACCUGCCCUGUGAGCCUGCUGAUAGGCAUGCCUGCAUCCUGGAAGCACAUAGUGGUUUCCUGCUGUGGUCACCCUGAGGAUUAAAUCACACAGCUACUAAGAUGAGACAUUGUUGUGUGUUCAUCAGAGAACCACCACCCUUGUUCUCUGGGAUCAGAUUUUUUCUUUAACAUAUUAGUGCUUUGACUUGACCUGGCCACCUUUUUCUGACAUCAGUUGUUCAGCCUAAUUGUACACUAUAGGCAAAAAAAAACCCCAAAACAAAAACCCCAGCCUUUUGUAGUAGGGACUUGCUAUAGGCGUCUUUACCAUAGUGCUUUGGCAGUAAGAUGAAGUUGGUGAACUCUGGCUCACAUUCUUUGGAUUCAGCAGGUAGGCGUGGUGGGGGCCCUUCAGCCCAUGGUAUUGUGUCUUCUUUUUUCCGCUGUACAGUAACCCUUUGCCCUUUCUUUUUGCUUUCUCUCCCCAUGUCUGUGAUCUUCUAGCUCAUUCACCCUUAAUCAGAAACCAGAGAAUCAGUAGAGUGAUUGUGAAUGAUAAUGUCAAUUCCAGCUGGUAACACCUUCCUUGGGCCAUGCCUGUUGUUUCCUUUGUAAUGAAUGUGGGCUAGCACGCCGGGCUCUUGUCCUUGAUGGUGAAUUCCAUAUAAUGCCGGCCCAGGUUCACAGGCCAGAGGCUCCACUGCUGCUGAGCUUGAAUAUCCUCAGAGGUCUGAGAACAAAUUUAGAAGUUUUCCUGUACUGCCCCUAAAUAAGUCACCCAUAAGCACUUUGAUAGCAAGAGCAGACAGUCCUACCUGACAGCUGUUAAGGAGCAGGCCAGGAUGCCCGGCCUCUUCUAAUGGCCAGCCCAGUACCUGGGGCUGAAAAUGCUGAAUGGCUGAAUGAUGGAGCACAAGAAACACCGCCUCACGACUGCCUUGCAAAAGAUGAGCCUGGGGCUGUCAGUAGCCAUUCGUUCAAUAAGCCAAGCUUUGUCCACAUUGACUAUUCAAUUGAAGGGAGAUGAAUAGUUUCCUGUUUUGGAUGGCGAAGGAGUUAGUAUGAGCUCAUAAACCAAACACCAAUUUUCAGAGACAUCUGUUCUUGAUCUCCAGAAUAAACAUGGUGUCCAACAGCUUAGGCUUAGGCUGGGGGAGUCUACAUUAACCCCACUGGCUCUCCUAAAGGGAGACUAGGGCCUCUAGGGGGAUCAACCAGCAGAUUAGGCCAAAAGGCUGCCCAAAAGAUGUGCUACUCUAAGGAAAAUGGAGAGAAAAAUUUACAUAAAAUAAACCUCCACUCAAAUGGAAAACUUCUGCCAUCUCACCAAGGCAAAUUAAUGGACAGGGCCCUGGUGGGGCAUUUGCAAUUCAUGAAAGCAAAUGUAGAUGCAAGGCCAGAAGCAACUUGGCUGGUGACUGACCUGGGAGCUUGUGAAGAGAGAGGAGAGGGCUUGGGGCUCCCCUCCCCGCAAAGUCAAGGGGAUCUCACUAGGUAAAUAAAUUCCUGAAACACAUCUGGAUGCAGCUAGAAGAGUUAAAUAUUUAGAAUGGUUGUCUUCCUUGGACUACUGAGAACACAAACAUCCACACCACAGGGCUGAGUUGUGUGCAAAUGUUGGGGCUUUGCAUUUUUUUAUUAACAUCUUCCUCUCACGUGGUUUACAUCAAUUUAUAAUAAUCUACAUAAAUUGAAACAGAACAUAGACAAAAAAAUAUAUCCUCACCAACUUAUUAGAGUCAAAUAUUAAUGAAGGACCCCAUCUUGCCUGAAUCAGCAAAAACUGGCAACCCAUUGCCAUUGCCCUGCAGGGCCAGGUGUACUGGGAUUCUUGUAGCCUGUCUGCUGGGCUCCUGCUGGCACCAGAUGCCUUGCUGGGCAGAGUGGCUAGGGGUUCUGGGCUGCACAGUCCCUGUCUCAGGAGAACCUAUGGGCUGUUUCCUAGGUGCAGCUUAGUCCAGGUCUGCCACCUGGUCCUCUUCACUCUGAGAGGGGAAUUUAUAAAUAUUAUGAUCCUUUUGCAUUUCUCAGCCCUUCCAGCCUUCCUUCUGGUCUCAUAUUGCCUGAGGGGUGGCAGUUGCUCUCUGAUGACAAGAAGCAAGCAUCCUCUGCUUGGGGGAGGUUGGAGGCACCCAUUUGGGGCUAUCACUAGCUCCAGCUGGGCCUCCCAGUCAUUCCCAUCAAAGGCUUUGGAAGCAAGAACAUUCCAUGUCACACACCAACUCUUGAGCUGAGACUCCAGGGAUGGUUAGACGCUGGGAUCUUUAAACUCGGGCAUUCUUCGUCCUCCACCUGUCCCAGGGAAUAGAGCGUCUUGCUAAGCUGCUGUGGGCAGCUUACUCAGUAUUUCCUUCCUCUUAGGCCUUUCUUUCCUCCGAUGUGUACCGUUCUGCCCAAGAGUAGGCAACAG